AAAAUGCAUUUUUCAUAUUCUUAUAUUUUUCUUUUACAUCUUCUUGUGUUAAUAUUGAAAGCUCAUGCUCAAAAACAUAAUAGUUUAGUUUCUACAAUUCUUGUUUUUGGAGACUCAACAGCUGAUCCUGGAAACAAUAAUCACAUAUUAACUACUAUUAAGAGUAAUUUCAAACCCUAUGGAAGAGAAUUUCCUAAUCAUGUUUCAACAGGAAGGUUUACUAAUGGGAAGCUUGCUUAUGAUUUCAUUGCUAAGCAUUUUGGUAUCAAAGAAUAUGUGCCUCCAUAUUUAGAUCAAAGUUUAAGUAUUGAAGAACUCAAGACUGGAGUUAGUUUUGCAUCUGCUGGAACUGGAAUUGACCCCCUCACAGCACAACACUCUAAUGUGAUACCAUUAUCAAAGCAAGUGGAAUACUUCAAGGAGUAUCAAGAGAAAAUAGAGGCAGCUAUUGGGAAAGAGCAAACAAAAAAAUUGAUAAAAGAAUCAUUGUUCAUUAUAAGUAUAGGUUCAAAUGAUAUUAUUGCAAAUUACAAGUUAUAUCCAUUUCCUAGUGAAAACUACACAGUCUCAGCCUACAUUGACUUCUUGUUACAACAUGCCCACAACUUCCUAAAGGUUUGUCUACUCAUUUAAAAGUUAAGUUAUAUACGCUGAUAAUAUAAUUUUCUUUUUUAUAGCAUAUAUUCAAUUUAAUUGGCUAUUGUAAGUA